AUGGUCAGCUCCUGCUGUGGCUCUGUCUGCUCUGAGGAGGGCUGUGGCCAAGGCUGCUGCAGACCUACCUGUUGCCAGCCCAGCUGCUGUGUGUCCAGCUGUUGCAGACCCAGCUGUUGUCAGUCUGUGUGCUGCCAGCCCAGCUGCUGUCGCCCCAGCUGCUGCAUCUCUAGUUGCUGCCGCCCCUCCUGCUGCAUUUCUAGCUGCUGCAGGCCUUCUUGUUGCCGCCCCAGCUGUUGCAGGCCGAGCUGCUGUGUGUCCAGCUGCUGCAGGCCCCAGUGCUGCAUCUCCAGCUGCUGCCGCCCCAGCUGUUGCAGGCCCAGCUGCUGCCGCCCUAGCUGCUGUGUGUCCAGCUGCUGCAGGCCCCAGUGCUGCAUCUCCAGCUGCUACCGCCCCAGCUGUUGCCAGACCACCUGCUGCCGCCCAGCAUGCUCUAGUGGUUCUUGCUGCUGA